AUGACCGAGAAGCAGACUCCAGACACUUCGGACCCUAGAGGUACUUCGAGCGAUCGUACAUCACCCGAUCAUUACACUUCUGGAUCUUUCUUGUCUCUAGAUGAGCCCAAUACGCCUUUGAGCGACUCUUCCUUUUCUCAAGGCCAUAGCGAUCUAGAAGGCCGAGCCGCCGGAGCCGGGCCAGACGUAGAUGUUUGGAACCCAGGAACUGCUACGACUCAUCCGUACGCUGAUGCCAGUGUCUACGCCUAUCCGAGUAAUCAGCAGCAACAUCGAAACACUUCUUCUCCCUCGGCUACGUUCCGAAGCACUCAGAUUCGACGCAAGGCCGAAGAGCCGGGCAUGAUAGACACAGAGAGCUCAUACGGGCGGACUACAGGGACGGGCGAGGAGGUGAGCAUGGACAGUGGCGUAUCAGUGCUAGAUGGAGACCGGCAAAAGAGUACGAGAGGGACUCCUUUGGGUCAGCAGAUGGGGAGGAAAAGUAGUACUGGCAUGCUUCCCUCGCCCCCAGCUGCUUUGAUGGGCGGACUGGGGCUGGACUUCAGCGGCGAGCCCUCUUCCAGGGCGGCAUUAUCAGAGGCGCAAGAGUUCCCGUCGGCGGCCAGUAGCGAUCGUCCUGGCACAUCAGAAGGAGUGUCCCCCUCACGUAGCCGUGGAGAGCCGCAACGACCAGCGGAGCUUGGCAGAGAGAGGCGGCGAGGUGCUUCCGACUCUCGGACGCCUACCUUGCGGACGGUGCAAAGCGAACGGAGACCCUUGUCGCUCUUUUCCUCGGCCGCUGGGGGCUCUCAACGCGAUCAAGCAAGAGCUCUGGCUAUGGAAGGUCAAGGGAGAGAGGCUAAUGGCCUCUCGGCAGCAGGGCCUUCUACAGUCAAGCCCGGUAGACUAAGUCGACUCUACUACAACCCACCGGACGGCCCUUCUGUGUCUGGUCUCUCCGCUGCCACUGACAAGAGGAUCUCGUCACAAACUCAACACUCGGAUCCGCCGGGCAGACGACUCGCUUUUGGCUACCGUGCACCCUCUCACUCUCCAGGUCCCUAUACAGCCAAAGGUGAUGUUAACGAGCCGAGGCGAUCGGUAUCUGCCAUGGGCAGCUAUGAUCACUUCUUGAACCGAGAUGGCCAUGCUGCAGGUAGCCCUAGAAGCGCCACAGCUGGCGCAAAGGAGCUCAUCUUACCCUCCAUCAGCGCAUCGAAGAGGCUGACAGCGCGGCAGGAAGUGCCUGUGAAAAGAGAGGAUGCCGCAAGGUCGGCGGGAGCUCCACAGACUACAGUCAAUAGUUUUGGCGCAGCGCCGGCUCUUAGGUCUGUAUCGUCUCAAAUACUCAAAGGUCGACCGGAAGUAGCUAAUACUGGCAAUGCGCGUAUACGAUCCCCUGAGGGCGAAAGUCUGCCGCGGAGUGGUGAUCCCCUGAAUGUUGAGAAGGCUAUCAAUACCAAAGCCCGUACCGUAGACACAGGCGGCGGACGCACAACGACGCGCCUCAAGAGGCAAUCUGGUCACCCGAGCUCCACCGACGCUGACCCAAUCAGUCCUACAAGUCCGGUAUCCCCUCGUCGAGCCGAUGCACUCACGGACGCUCAGAUCGUCGAGAUGGGUGCCAUUGGCGAACAAACUCCUGCAUCUCUCCUUCCAGCGGAUGGUUCGCCUCUGUCAUCGAAGAAUGUCCUCACGAUUGCACUUGCCAAAGCUCAGAGUGCUGUCACAUUCGAUAGCAACAAUGCAGUACCAGAAGCAGUCGAAGCAUACGCCCAAGCGGUCAGGCUGCUGCAAGAGGUCAUGCAGAGGAUCACGCCCAAGCCUGGCUCAAGUAAGAAGAGCAAUCGGGAAGAUGAGAGAAGGAGGCUCAAGGUCAUCCACGAUACGUACACAGAACGCAUCAGACUACUGGCUAUGCUCUACGAUUCAGAGGGAGAGGAGCCAGCAGAUCAGGGUGAGCCAGCAGAUGAGUCUCUGGAAGUCAUGCCUUCGCGGUCAAGUGCCAUUCCAGACGGUGCGCGUCGAUUUGCUGAGCAGCCUCAAGUGGAUGAAUCGACAAAAGCCUCAAGGCAAAAGGACCGUCGUCCUAUCGCUCGUGGCGACAGUAGCUCUGCGAAGAUCCCUACCAGCAGCGAACAGUCGCAGCCACACACGCCUCUUGCAAAUGACUCACAAGGAGCUUUGGCCAGUACGGCACAAGCCGGUCUCUACCAGGCUCAGCAACAAUCGGAUACGAACUCGAGCUAUCGCUCGAUGAACCCUGGACCUUCCAGUGGAGCACUCGAUCCUCGAGCAAAGCUCACCGAUCCGCCCUCGAUACGUCACCCGAGCAGCGAAGACCCGCCCGCGACGCCCUAUUAUGAUGCCAACUCCAGCCCAGCCGCCGGACAAGACUCUCGUUCACCUAUGCUGACUACGCCUGAUAGAUUCGCUCAGGGUCAUCUGGCGCCAAGCGAUGCCGUAGCUCGAGGAAGCAGGCCAGCGCUGAACGGACCCGCAGGGAGCGACUCAUCCUUCACACCUACUGGUGCAGCUACGGAACAGGCGAUGCCCAGUCCGCGCAUGUCCAACAGUCCUCGUGGAGACGGGUCAUCCUGGCCUGCUUCCGGACCUCACACGCUCACGGCGGAUCCAAUGGAUAGUCGAUCGCGUUCCUCUGAGUCGGUCUCCUCGCAGUCUUCACAGCGUCAGCGAGCUGCAACUGUGGCCUCCUCUUCCGCGAGAGCAGCAGCUGAAGACGCUGUCAGGCAGACGCUACUUGUCCAUCCUACGACGCAGAAUGGCACGAUUCGUCAGAGGCGAAAGAGUCCUUCGAUCGGGGGUGGCAUCAACGAAGCCAAGGAGGAGGACGCCGAAGGUAGUCCCCGUAGUUCAGACGAGCACUUCGGGGCCAGUGCAGCCGCAAUGAGGGCAGAGCUGUCCGCACAGCGAAGGCGUGCUCUGUCCCAGCCAGGCAACAGACCCGAGCUCAACCCUACCGGCUCCUACCUGGGCACAGCAACUGCGCAGGCUCCUCCUGUUCCUCGCCUGAAGAACGGGCGCUCCCUUCCAGGUCCGAUAGUGACAAUGACAGCUCAAAGCGGUCUAGCCCCACCGAAUGGUGACGCCAACUCGGCCUCCGGUCAAUAUCGCCAAAGCUACCGCAUGCCGAGUCCUGGGCUCAGUAGCCCUUCUCCCUAUCAUGCGGUCAUGGAACGUGGCGUUUCAGCCUCGCCUGAGUUUUCGACUGCCCAGGCAACCGAUCCCUCCUGGGCUUCUCCACAUCCUGCCUCAGUCGGUGGCGACGGGUUGGCAGAACUCUUCCCUUCCGGUCUUUCAUCUUUACAAGCGCUUGGAUCGGCGUCGUACACUCUUUCGCAGAUCACUGCAUGCCCGCGAUUGAGGGUGGCCGCCCCGUCUCUCUUGCAAGACUUUUGCGAACCUUUGCCGCCCCAGACCCAAAAUGCUGCGCUGGGACCGUACAGGGCCAUCAAGGCGAUGGACACCAGCAUCAGCAAGGGUGGCUUCGUCACAAACAAGCUCUGUGUCCCAUCUUCGCUCUGGCAAGCUUCCGGUCUCCGCUUAACGGCCCUCGAGACCAAAGUCAGGCUGAUCGAAAUUGUCACCAAUGGCAUAGAUGCAGUGGAGAAGAGUGGCGCUUACCUGCUGCACAACUCGCCUGGCGUACGUCAGCCUGGUCUUGCAGCAGUGCAGGCCUCAGCUUUCGCAAAGCAGCUUGAAGACUUCGAGGUGCUCCUGGUCGAGGUUCAAAAUGGUCUAGCAAAGAAGUUGGGCAUCAGCGAGUAUGCAGCCGGAACGGCAGGCAAGAAGGGCGGAAGCUCCUUCAAUGUGCUGAGCUCCAAGCUCACGAGGUCCAUCGACCGAUUCGCGCAGCAGACCACCUCGGGCAAGAAUCUCGACUCUCCCGCUGCAUACGUGGACAGUCUACAACGUCUCUUCAGGAAAGCGCAAAUCCUCGAAGCUCAUCUGACCGGCUUGCUGCAGUCGAAGUCUUCCUCCUCGACAACCACUUCGGCGAACAGCUCGAUUGCUGUAGAAGCAGAUACAGUCGAGGCAUACGCUGCGCUGCCAUCGGAGAUCCAGAGGGUGAUAGAGGCGAAGCUCCUGCGAGCGAGCGAUUUCUUUGCCCAGGUCAUUAUGAAGAUCGUGGCGAGGGACCUGCACAUUAUGGUGGAAAAGUCGCUGAAAAAGGCCAGUAGCGGGCUCGUAGAGUAA